AUGCGGUCCGACCAGAGCAGACCACACCAGCCAACUCUCUGCCCUUCUCUCUUCCCCUUUCGUCCCUUGUCGCCCUCCGCUGCAGCGAGUGACGUCAUCCGCGGGGCGUCCGGUCAAAUCAUGUUUCCAAUGCCCGCGCCGCUGGCGCCGGUGGCGACGCGGAUCACGGUCACGUCUCCGCCCAGCACCUUCGCAUCCAACUUCUCCGCGGCGCGCUGCACCAACCUGCCGCGCACCGCUUACAGCGUCUCCGUGCAGUGGACGUCCGCUGCCGCGCCCAAUCUCCCCGCGUGCGCCAACAUCACCUUCUGGAGCGGCGCGGGUUGCACCGGCACCUCCUCGCUCUCCCUCAAGCCCGCCAGGUCAGCGUCACGCCUGUGCCGUGGGUCAGUAGAAUGCCUGUCGCUGCACAGCAAUCCCGGUGAUUUAAUCCCAGAUGCCUCAUCCGCGUGCCUGUACGUCACGUGCCCUGCCAUUGGCACCCCCACGCCAACCACGGACACCAGAGGCGUGGCCUGCGCUGCAGGGUACGUGGAGGCGAGGGUGGCAGUGACGACGGCGGUGAAGGUGGGCCGCUACAACUUCUCCUUCGACCCCUCCUCGCGCUGCUCCCGCCUGCCCGACGCCACGGCGCCCGCCGGCGUGAGCACGGUGGCGAGCGUGCAGUGGGGCAGCGCCAGCAGCUUGCCGGGCGGCGGGGCCAGUGGGCCGUGCUCCCGCGUGUCCUUCUUCCCGGGCACCACCUGCAACGGCGCCGUCAUGCAGCACAUCUACUCCUACUCCAGCGACUUGGACAACAGGGCAGCCACGUGCCGCUGCAAGGACGGCUAUGCUGUCAUCAACGGCACCUGCCAAGACAAGUGCAAUCUGUACUGUGUGGCCAACGCCAGUUGUGUGAGGGAUGCGAGCAUGGUUCCGGAUUGUGUGUGCAACAAGGGCUUUCAAUAUGCUCCCAACAGCAACACCUGCGUUGAUAAAUGUACUCUUGUGAAUUGUGGGCCCAACGGCAAGUGCAUUAAGGAUGCAGAUGGAGAUGCCACCUGUGCUUGCAAUGCUGGCUUCCAGAUGCCUCCCAACAAGAUCACUUGCGUUGACAAGUGCGACUUUGUGACAUGCAAGGCCAACUCAACGUGCGCCAAGGAUGCAAACGGGAAUACAACUUGCGAGUGCAUCAAGGGCUUCGAGAGGCUUCCGGGCAACGAUGCUUGCAUUGACAACUGUGAUUUGGCUGGUUUCUACUGUGAGCCCGGCUCAUGCAAGAAGGAUGCGAAGGGAAAUCCGUAUUGUGAAUGCGGCCCAGGCUACAGACUGUCUGCUGAGGGGCGCUUUUGCAUUGACAUUUGUGACACAGUGGAUUGUGGCGAAGGCACGUGCGUGAAGAGAUUUGAUGAGGAGGGCAACGGACAUGCAGAAUGCGAUUGCCCCGCGGGCUACCAAGUGGAUGGGAGUGGGCGCUGCACUGACAUAUGCAAUGUGGUAUGUCCGUCCAGCCAAACGUGCAGGAGGAAUGGGGACUACAUCUCGUAUUGUACCGAAUGGGUCUAUUGCGAGAGGAAUUGUGGGUAUGGCGGCAUGUGCAGGAUCGAUCAAGUUAAGGAUAUCGAGUACUGUCUCUGCGACCCCGGCUACAAGCUGUCUGCUGACCAACUCUCUUGCAUUGAAGAAUGA